CUUAAACGCCGUCGUUUCCCCUGUUCGGGGGGAGGCGGCAGAAGAACCUCUUCCCCCGGUCACCACGCGGCUUCCAAAGUGGACUCGAGCGCCGCGUGCUGAUCUCCGGCUCCUCCUCCUCGCCGCCGCCGCCGCCGCCGCCACCAUGUGGAGGAGCUCCCUGGGCUUCUCUUCCGCGAGAAGGCUCCUCUCCUCAUCGCCGUCACCGUCGCCGUCAACCCAUCACUCGUCAUUCUACUGCGUCGCCACUCGACGACCGCUCCAGUCCCUCUCCGGAUCGCCCUCGUCCCCCUCCGCGGCGGCGCCGCCUCCGUCGCAUCCGAAUUCGUCGGUUCCAGCGAAUUCGGGGGUAGGGUUCAUCGGCGGGGCGGAUGGGGUCAGGGCUUUUGCCUCCUCCUCCUCUUCUCCCGCUACCGUCACCGCCGCCGCCGCCGCCGCCGCCUUCGACGUCUCUUCGCUCGCUUCCUUGAGAGCGAGGGAGGCGGUGGAUGUGGCUCGUCACUACGGACGGUGCUACUGGGAGCUGUCGAAGGCUCGCCUCAGUUUGUUAGUUGUUGCUACCUCUGGAACUGGGUUUGUUCUUGGGAGCGGAAGUGUGGUUGACAUUCCAGGGCUUUGUUGGACGUGUGGUGGCACCAUGAUGGUUGCAGCUGCUGCAAACUCCUUGAAUCAGGUCUUUGAGAUAAAGAAUGAUGCUAAAAUGAAGAGAACAAAGCAAAGACCUUUACCUUCGGGGAGGAUAUCUGUACCUCAUGCAGUUGCUUGGGCAUCUUCUGCUGGUGUAGUUGGGACUGCAUUAUUGGCAUAUAAGACAAAUGCAUUGGCUGCAGGGUUUGCUGCUUCCAAUCUUAUUCUUUAUGCUUUUGUAUACACACCACUGAAGCAGAUUCACCCUGUAAAUACUUGGGUUGGAGCUAUUGUUGGUGCCAUUCCACCCCUUCUUGGUUGGGUUGCAGCUUCUGGUGAAAUUUCUCUUAACUCGAUGAUUCUCCCUGCUGCUCUCUAUUUCUGGCAAAUACCCCAUUUCAUGGCUCUGGCACACUUGUGUCGCAAUGAUUAUGCUGCUGGAGGGUUUAAAAUGCUAUCCCUUGGUGAUGCUUUGGGCCAGAGAACUUCUUUAGUAGCUUUAAGGAACUGCCUCUAUAUGGUACCUUUGGGAUAUUUAGCCUAUGACUGGGGUUUGGCAACCGGGUGGUUCUGUCUAGAAUCAACAGUCCUUACGCUCGCUAUAAGUGCUACAGCAUUUUCAUUCUACCGGGACCGUACCAUGCAGAAGGCAAGAAGAAUGUUCCAUGCGAGCCUCUUGUAUCUUCCUGUAUUUAUGUCUGGCCUUAUUUUUCACCGUCUCUUGGAUAGUCAUCAAGAUCUCUCACGAAGCCACUCACUUAAAUAUAAUGAGCUCUCAUCUUCUCUGGAAACUCCGUUAGAAGAAAAUGGUUCUUCCAAGAGAAAAAAGGGUUUCAGGACACAAGCACAACCGCCGGUUGCAUACGCAUCUUAUGCGCCCUUUCCUUUUCUACCUGCUCCUUCUUAUGCUGGCCCUCACUGAACCCGAGUCUUCCAAUUUUCAAGUUUUUGCAGAAAAUCCUUGCUGUUAGUUUUGCAGAUUUUGUCAUGGAAAUGCACCAGUAUACAUGUCAAUAAUGUCGGGUUUGGAUGAAGUACAAAAUGGAUAGAGGCUGUUGAUCAUUUUAGUGGUGAGGGUGUUCACUUUCUAUUGUUGAAUAAUAGUAAUGGACUUGUGAAUUGGAUUACCGACUGGUUUUCAUUCGACGGAGAGGAAUGUACAUUCCACCCUGGAAUUUGGGGUGAGUAAUUCAGACGAUAAGCUAUACAUUGUAACAUUUGGCAACUCUUUCAUGCUAGCCUACUGGCCUCUUUGGCGUCAUCUGUUGA